UAAUGAUGACAGGGUAGGUGACCAUGGAUGAUGUGGACCUGUUUUCUCAGGCUCUUAUGCAACUGACAGAGGUGAACAAGGCGCACGAGGAAUACUUGAAACAUCAACCCGAGCCACAAAAUGAGCCAGAACAACCAAUCAAAGAAGAGCCAGAAAUCAAAGAUGAACCACAAAAAACAUCAGCUCCUGUUGAACCCCCACCCAUAAAUACAUCUAAACCUGUAGUGAGGCAUACAACUUUGAUAGACCCGCCUCCUUUACGAACAAACCCAGAGCAGUUCAUAGAGAAUGGCUCUCAUAAACCAGAAAUCAAAAAUGAAACGGGUAGUAUUAAUGUUAAGCCAAAACAAGGCAGUGCUGAAGCUGGGCCAGGUGGUGGGCAUGAAGGAGGAAUUCUUCAGCAGGCAAUGUCAGAAUUGUUUUCACCCAAUGACUUCAAUGUAGAUGCUCCAGUGGCUGCUGCCCCGGGGCCAAAUCUGGUCCCUAACACACUGGUUCAACAGAAUCAAGGAAUUAAACGUGUGCAAUCAGCCCCAAAUUUUCAACAACAAUAUACUAAUAGCCUGUUGAAUUCUGGAAUGAGAGGGCAACUUAAUCAGCCAAUUAGAGGACAGUUCAAUCAACCAGUCAGAGGCCAGCAUAAUCAGCUAAUUACAGGCCAGCUUAAUCAGCAAAUCAGAGGCCAGCUUAAUCAGCCAAUCAGAGGCCAGCUUAAUCAGCCAAUCAGAGGCCAGCUUAAGCAGCCACAGAUAUUAACUGUUGUGCCUGGUCCUGAUGGGAAAGGCCGAGUAAUAAAACGUGAAAACUAUAAUCCUGCUAUGGGUAGGCCGGCUAAUAGCUCAAUAACUCAGGGAGGUAUUAGACUCCUAGGGCCCCAGGGACAGCACCUCAACAAAGUCAUUGUAAAUCAUAGUCCAACAAACUCCAGAUCAAAUUCUCCUGUGCCGCAGGUUUAUUCUAUGAACAAUAACUCCAAUAUAAGACUUGCACAUGCCACCAGCCAUGGGUCUGGUGUGAAAGUAUUACAAAUGAACCCUCAAUCAGCAUUGGGAGUAAACAAUGGAGUGAAGACACAGCUUACAAAUAAAGACGUCUCUAGGAUAUGGGCAAAUGAAGAAGUUUCAAUCAAGGAAAUAGCGAAUGGGCCAAGUGCUAUAGAGGAAGAAGUUGCUGAUGAGGAAGAAGAACUGGGACAUGCUGAGACAUACAAUGACUACAUGCCCACCAAGUUGAAACUAGGCAGAAAGCACCCUGAUCCUGUAGUGGAGACUAGUUCUCUUGCCAGUGUUGAGCCAGUUGAUAUCAACUACCAGAUUCACAUACCAGAAGAGACUAUAGACAAUGGAAAACUCUCUGCUCUGCAAUUGGAGUCAAUUGUAUAUGCUUCUCAAAGGCACUGUCAUUUCCUACCCAAUGGGGAAAGAUGUGGGUUCCUAAUAGGUGAUGGUGCAGGUGUGGGUAAGGGGCGUACAAUAGCUGGCAUCAUCUUUGAGAACUAUCUACAGGGACGCAGACGCUCAUUAUGGCUAAGUGUGUCGAAUGAUCUAAAGAUAGAUGCAGAGAGAGAUUUAAAGGACAUCGGUGCUGGAAAAAUAGAUGUUUAUUCGCUCAAUAAGUUCAAAUACAUGAAGAUCUCUUCGAAGGAAAAUAACAGUGUUAAGAAAGGUGUUAUAUUCUCAACCUACUCAUCCCUUAUUGGAGAAAGUUCUUCAUCAAGUAGUAAAUACAGGACACGAUUCAAGCAGCUGGUGCAUUGGCUCGGACAUGAGUUUGAUGGAACUAUUAUAUUUGAUGAAUGUCAUCGUGCCAAGAACCUCUGUCCAACAGGCUCCUCUAAGCCAACAAAGACUGGCUUAACAGUCCUGGAACUUCAGAAGAAACUGCCCAAGGCUAGGGUGAUCUAUGCAAGUGCCACAGGUGCCUCAGAACCACGAAAUAUGGCUUAUAUGACACGGCUGGGGCUAUGGGGAAAAGACACACCCUUUCCAGAGUUCAAUGAUUUUAUAAUGGCUGUAGAACGACGUGGUGUAGGUGCCAUGGAAUUGGUUGCUAUGGAGAUGAAGCUUCGAGGCUUAUAUAUCGCUAGGCAGCUCAGUUUUCAUGGGGUAACAUUCCGUAUUGAGGAAGUCCCUAUUGAGAAAAGCUAUGCGAAGAUCUACAACGAGGCUGUGAGCUUGUGGGUAGAUGCAAGAGAGAAAUUCCAGAUGGCUGCAGAUCUGAUAGAUGCUGAACAUAGGAUGAGGAAAACUAUGUGGGGACAGUUCUGGUCCUCGCAUCAACGAUUCUUCAAGUAUCUCUGUAUAUCGGCCAAAGUCAACUACUGCGUGAAACUGGCUAGAGAGGCUGUAAAGAAUGGCAAGUGUGUUGUGAUUGGUCUCCAGUCUACAGGGGAGGCAAGAACUCUGGAACAGCUAGAAGAAUGUGGGGGUGAACUCACAGACUUUGUGUCAACUGCCAAAGGUGUAUUCCAGUCAUUAAUAGAGAAACAUUUCCCUGCUCCUGACAGGCGUAAAACCCUCAAUGAUUUAUUUGGCACUGGGGGUUAUAGCAGCAUGCUGCAGGAGGUCUUGGAUGAAACUGAACCUGGACGAAAGAGAAAAGCUCAAGCUAAAGAAAUGUCUGCAAAGAGGGCUAAAAUGCGAGGUGCUUCAAGCGAUUCAGGAAGUGACUCUUCAGACAGUGAUAAUCAGAGCUCUUCAGAAAAGGAGGAAACUGAGGAGUCAGAGAAGUCGUCUGCUUCAGAGAGUGAGGAUGAUGACUUCAACCCAUUUGGAAAUGGCUCUGAUAGUGAUGAAGAUCCCUGGCUGAAGAGACAGAAGGUGAAAGUGAAGAAGGAGAAAAAGAAGAAACUGAAGGAGAAGAAGCCAAAGAAGCAGAAGAAGAAAAGGCACAAGGAGAAGAAAGCCCCAGAUACAGAUGAUGAAUAUGAAACUGCUAUGUUAGCAGCUGCAAAACCAAGCAGAGAUUCAUCUUCUACUAACUUGCCAAGCUCAGGUACAUCUAGUCAAUUUGCUCCUGGCAUGGAUGCUGUGGACAAAGCAGUUGCCAUGAAGAAACAUUUGCUCAAUAGAAUGGAAUCACUUGGAGAUAAACUCCCACCAAACACGCUCGAUGAAUUAAUUGACCAAUUAGGCGGCACAGAAAAUGUGGCUGAGAUGACGGGACGUAAGGGGCGCGUCGUCAGUGAUGAGGCUGGCGAAGUGAUGUACGAGUCCCGCAGUGAAUCUGAUGUCCCAUUGGAGGUGUUAAACUUAAAAGAGAAACAGAGGUUCAUGGAUGGGGAAAAAAAUAUUGCAAUAAUUUCUGAGGCUGCAAGUUCUGGCAUAUCUCUGCAGUCUGAUCGUCGCGCUCAGAACCAGCGAAGACGUGUACAUAUCACCCUGGAGCUGCCCUGGAGUGCAGAUCGUGCAAUACAACAGUUUGGUCGAACUCACAGGUCUAACCAAGUGAAUGCCCCUGAAUAUGUUUUUCUGAUCUCAGACUUAGCAGGAGAAAGACGAUUUGCUUCAACUGUCGCCAAGCGACUGGAAAGUUUAGGUGCCUUAACACAUGGAGAUCGCAGAGCCACUGAAUCUCGUGACUUGAGCCAAUUCAACAUUGACAAUAAGUAUGGCAAGUCAGCACUUGAGGUUGUGAUGAAGUCAGUGUUGGAUAUAGAAGCCCCACUGGUGGCCCCUCCUGCUGCAUACAGUGGAAAAUUUAUGAAAGAUUGUAAAAAUGCUUUAGCUGGUGUAGGAAUUCUAGUGCACUCCCCCCAGUAUGACUUCUACUCAUUUGACAAGGAUUACAACAACAUUAGUAAGUUCCUGAACAGAAUCCUAGGCACCCCUGUAGAACUACAGAAUGCAAUCUUCAAGUAUUUCACUGAUACUCUGAAUGCUGUUAUACUACAAGCCAAGGCAAAUGGGCGCUGGGAUCUUGGAAUAUUAGAUCUGGGGUCUGGCAGUGAAUCAGUAAAAGUGCUUCAAACAAGGACAUUUGUGGGGACUUACCUUGCCACUAGUGCAAAGACAGAGAUACAUACACUAAGUGUAGAGAGGGGUCUGUCCUGGAAUGCAGCCUCAGACAUCUGGAGGGACCACACUGGAAAGGAGGAUGGUUUCUAUGUGUCCAUACAGACAAGGUUCGGGAGCAAAAAGACGGCAAUCCUGGCUGUGGCUCUACAGGGUGGCCGAAAGAAAGAGAAACUCUACUCUGUUUACAGACCGAGUACAGGGCUCCAAUUGAGGACGGAAUCUCUGAGUGAGAUCAAGAAAAAGUACCGCAAAGUGUACAUUGACGAGGCACAGCCAUAUUGGAAUGAUCAAUAUCAGGCCUCCGCCACUACUUGUAAUCAUGCAUACUGGAAGGGUAACUGUAAAAGACGUCAGGCUGGUCUGCAAUGUGAGGUUGGUCUCCGAUCAAGGACUUACCAUGUUCUCAGUGGGUCUGUUUUGAGCAUAUGGAGUAAGGUUGAGUCAGUCCUAGCAGCCAAUCCAGGUGGGAAUGUCUCACGCAUGCAGGUCAUACGACUACGUACAGAAGAUGGCAAGAGGAUUGUGGGUACAAUUAUACCAACCCCCGCUUUACAGCCUCUGUGUAAUGUCCUCUCCCAAGAGUCAAAGCGAACAUACAAAAGUGAGUUUGCUGAUCCUGUCAGUACAAUUCUCCCUACUCAAAGCCGACCAAUGAACAAUGCUGCUGUACCUCUAUCAAUGCCGGAUAUUAUUGAAGAACCAGUCGUUCAACACCAAAAUAAACUCCAGGAAAAUUACUAUGCCAAGUUUUUCCUAUGAAAUAUAAGGAAUUGCUAGUUUUUCCAGAGAAAUGAUAGGAAUUUCUUUACUUAAUUUUCAACAGGAUUUUCAGUUUUUCCUAUUAAGUGGCAGGAGUUGUUGUUCCUAUGAAACAAAAGGAAUAGCUGUGUUAAGUCUUUCCCCCUGAAGUGACAACACAUGCUAUGCUAAGUUUUCUCCUUGUAACAACCGGUCACAAGCUGAGUGUAUAUUUGAGAUUGAUGUUUGUUGAAGUAUGUAUAGUUGAGAUUACAUCAUAUACGUGUCAUGGAUGACAUAUGUUGCCAGGUGUUGGUUUUAGAAAAUGAUAUGACAUUGGCAAUGAUAUAUCAUAUUGAUGGCAUAUCAGAAUAUCUUAUGUUUAUAGAAGAUACAAUUUCACAUUAUUUUGAUAUGGAUGUCAGUUUUGAAUAUGGUCACAC